CUUCGGUCGUGGACGGACGUGCUUUCGCAGUGAAAACGGCAGCGGUGUGCGCGAAACAAAAGAAUAUUGGCAACAAACUUGUUUGAAUCAAAUGGCCAAACGCAAAUAUCCGCAGAGGGCAGAAGGAUAAUUUAUCGGCCAUCAAAGCCCGGCACGUGCUAAUUGAAAAUGCAGAAAUUAUACUAAGUGCGGACUGAUAGGCACAGCAGAAUCCAAACGGGCCACUGGUCACGACUCGCCGAAAGACCCAUCACAAAAGACCCAUUGAAACAGUGAACCCAAAAAACAACAGAAAACAGAGGAACGAGCGAAUUGGAAGCCACUGCGAUGCGUAGGAGGCGUGGCACGCCCCUGGGCGUCAGCUGGUCCAACUGCGUCCUGCUCCUGGCCACCGGCCUGCUGGUGGUGCUCAUCUCGGUGCACGCCAAGAACCCCAGGCCCCAUCGAGGACUACCUACAUCGGCAUCCGCACCGUCAACAUCCGUGGAUCAGGUGGCAACUGAAAAUGGCCACCGGCGAGAGCACUCCGCUGAUGGCGCUGUCCUUCAACGGCUAUCGGAUCCAGAUCCAAGUCCGGAUAGCGGAAAGGAUACCGAUGAGGACGAGGACGAGGGUCUGAAGCACCACCACCACCACCUGCACCACCGGCAGGAGUUCGACGCGUAUCUGGGCACCAUCCGCCGCCUGCGACGACCCUACCGCAGCAAGUACACCAUCGAGCAGCUGAUGCGCCUGCAUGUGACACCAAAGGUAUCCGGAGACAUUGACAUGGAUCCCUGCAAGGCCGGCGGGUUCAUGGGCGACAUAGCCCUGCCCGAGGGCGAUUCCGGCCCGGUGGUGGCCCACACGCCCGUCGACGACGAGGAGCAGGAGCGCCAGGAGGUGGAGCAGCUGCUGGCCGACGCCCCGGACGAGGCUCACGACCCCGCCUCCGCCUCUGCUUCCGUUUCCGGCUCGGCUGGCGGGCCGACCAAGUUCAAUGCCACCUUCCAGCUGGACCUGGAGAAGCUCAAGCAGGAGGUCUACCACGAGGGCCUGCAGGUGGAGGAGGAGGGCCUCACCGACAUCAUCCGCAAGAAGACCAAGCUGCCCAGCUCGGGGCCGGUCAACCUCAAGGCCGGCGAAGGCCAGUUGCUGGGUCAGAGUACCAACAAGCCCAUAAAGUCCGGUUCACUGUCGCCCUCCGACUACGCCCAAUCCUCCAGCUACAAGAACGAGGUGCUGCCCCCGUCGGAGCAGCGCACCCAUAUCACACAUGCAGACAAGCCGGCCAGGAUGACGCUGGUCGAGAUGGGCUCCAAGCCGGGCAACAAGACGCAAGUGCAGUCGCUGCACCGCAACGUGGACACCCGCAAGAUUCAGUCGGACAACAAGGACAUCGAGGACGACUCGGGCAACAACUUUGUGGCCGAGAGGCGGUCCUCCCACAUAGUGCCCACUUCCCUGCCAGAGCAGCGAUCCACUCCUGCUCACGUAUACAGCAACGCCGGAGGCAACGGGAUGCAGCUGGACGACGAGGUGGACUUCUUGCACUCCCGCGGAGUGGUGAGGAGGCGGCACAGACGGGGACCCAAGCAGCGACGGAGCAACCAGCACAUGGAGUACGAGGCCAAGCUGGAAAGGCUGCGCCAGGAGCUGAGCCGGCCAGUGGUCGAGGGUCACCACCGGAGGGAGUCGCACCACCAGAAGCGGACGCAGAGCCACCACCGCAAGAAGCACCGUCGCCAGCACCGUCGACGGGGUCAGGGAACCACCCAGCAUGUGAACCAUUCCCCGCCAGGACUCAAUCAAUCCGUGUCUGAAAUGGAUUUGCUGAAAGCGGAGACUCCCAAGGAUGAGGAGCAGCUGCGUCACCGGGUGGCUCGGGCCGUCACCGCCAAGAAGGAUCGCAUCUGGGACUACGGGGUCAUCCCCUACGAGAUCGACGGCAACUUCAGUGGCAUCCACAAGGCGCUCUUCAAGCUGGCCAUGCGCCACUGGGAGAACUCCACGUGCAUCAAGUUCGUGGAGCGCGACCCGGAGAUCCAUCCCAACUACAUCGUGUUCACCGUGAGAAGCUGCGGUUGCUGCUCCUUUGUGGGCAAACGAGGCAAUGGACCCCAGGCCAUCUCGAUCGGUCGAAAUUGCGACAAGUUUGGCAUCGUGGUCCAUGAACUGGGCCACGUGGUGGGCUUCUGGCACGAGCACACGCGUCCGGAUCGGGAAAAGCACGUGGUGAUCGAGCACAAUAACAUCAUGAAGGGCCAGGACUACAACUUCAACAUGCUCUCGCCGGACGAGGUGGACUCGCUGGGCAUGGCCUACGACUACGACUCGAUCAUGCACUACGCCCGGAACACCUUCUCCAAGGGCACCUACCUGGACACCAUCCUGCCCAUCGAGAUGAAGGGCCGCAAGCGACCGGAAAUUGGCCAGCGACUGCGCCUCAGCCAGGGCGACAUUGCCCAGGCCAAUCUGCUCUACAAGUGUCCCAAGUGCGGGCGCACCUUCCAGGAGAGCUCCGGCAUCUUCGCCUCGCCCUCCCAUUAUACGGCCGGAGCGCUGACCAACGAGACGGAGCACUGCGAGUGGCGGAUAACGGCCACCUACGGAGAGCGCGUGGAGCUGAAGCUGGAGAGCAUGAACAUCUUCAAGUCGAACAACUGCGAGACGGACUACCUGGAGAUUCGGGACGGCUACUUCGAGAAGUCGCCGCUCAUCGGGCGCUUCUGCGGCAAGGUGGACAAGGAGGUGGUCCGGACGGAGUCCAGUCGCAUGCUGCUCACCUACGUGAACACCCACCGCAGCGAGGGCUUCAGGGGCUUCAAGGCGGAGUUCGACGUUGUCUGCGGUGGCGAGCUGUCCGUGGACGACGGCGUGGGCCGCCUGGAGUCGCCCAACUACCCGCUGGACUAUUUGCCCAACAAGGAGUGCGUGUGGAAAAUAACCGUGCCCGAUAGCUACCAGGUGGCGCUGAAAUUCCAGUCCUUCGAGGUGGAGAACCACGACAGCUGUGUCUACGACUACGUCGAGGUGCGCGACGGUCCUGCCCAGGAUGCGCCGCUAAUUGGCGUUUUCUGUGGCUACAAGCCGCCGCCGAACAUGAAGUCAAGUGGCAAUUCGAUGUACGUGAAGUUCGUGUCGGACACAUCGGUGCAGAAGGCGGGCUUCUCGGCCGUGUUCAUGAAGGAGGUGGACGAGUGCGAGACCCAGAACCACGGAUGCGAGCACGAGUGCAUCAACACCCUGGGCGGCUACGAGUGCAGCUGCCGCAUCGGAUAUGAACUGCACAGCGACAAGAAGCACUGCGAAGAUGCCUGUGGCGGCGUCAUCGAGUAUCCGAACGGCACCAUCACCUCGCCCUCGUUCCCCGAGAUGUACCCCCUGCUGAAGGAGUGCAUCUGGGAGAUUGUGGCCCCGCCCAAGCACAGGAUCUCGCUGAACUUCACCCACUUCGAUCUGGAGGGCACGGCCCACCAGCAGUCGGACUGCGGCUACGAUUCGGUGACCGUGUACUCCAAGCUGGGCGAGAAUCGGCUGAAGAGGAUCGGCACCUUCUGCGGCUCCGCCAUCCCGCCCACGGCCACCUCCGAGAGCAAUGCCCUGAGGCUGGAGUUCCACUCGGACAAGUCCAUCCAGCGGUCGGGAUUCGCGGCCGUCUUCUUCACGGACAUCGACGAGUGUGCGGUGAAUAAUGGGGGCUGCCAGCACGAGUGCCGGAACACCAUUGGCUCCUACGUCUGCAUGUGCCACAACGGGUACUCCAUGCACGAGAACGGCCACGACUGCAAGGAGGGCGAGUGCAAGCACGAGAUCUCCGCGCCCUUCGGCACCAUCUUCAGCCCCAACUACCCGGACUCCUAUCCGCCAAAUGCCGACUGUGUGUGGCACUUCAUCACCACGCCGGGGCACCGGAUCAAGCUGAUUUUCAACGAGUUUGAUGUGGAGUCGCAUCAGGAAUGCACCUACGACAACGUAGCUGUUUAUGAUGGCGAAUCCGAGUCCGCCUCGGUUCUAGGUCGCUUCUGCGGGGACAAGAUCCCCUUCCCCAUCUCCUCCACCAGCAACCAGAUGUACAUGGUGCUCAAAACGGACAAGAACAAGCAGAAGAACGGAUUCACGGCCUCUCACUCCACGGCCUGCGGGGGCUACUUGCGUGCCACCAGCCAGGUGCAGCAGUUCUACUCCCACGCCCGCUUCGGUAACCAGGACUACGACGACGGCAUGGACUGCGAGUGGACCAUCGCGGCUCCGGACAACAGCUACGUGCAGCUCAUAUUCCUCACCUUCGACAUCGAGAGCAGCGAGAACUGCACCUUCGACUACGUGCAGGUGUUCUCCGACAUAGACGAUGUGUACGGCCAGUACGGCCCCAUGUACGGGCAGUACUGCGGCAAUGUGCUGCCCCAGGACAUCAACUCGAUGACCCACUCCUUGCUGGUUCGCUUCAAGACCGACGGAUCGGUGCCGAUGAAGGGCUUCUCCGCCUCGUACGUGGCCGUUCCCAACUCCGGGGAGUACGACCACUCCGACGAGGAUGCGGAGAACUCGUACAGCUCCGAGAUGGUCACCCCGUUCCCGGGCUCGCUGAAGAGCAUCUACAUCGAGGACACGCAGGAGGAGACCGACGAGUACAGCGACUUCAGCGGGAACCAGCUGGUCUUCAACGGCCAGUACCGGGGUCGCUACAGUCUGCCCAACCGGUACUACUCCGGCAAGGCAUAGGGCGGCGGAGGCGGAACGCUGACCAGGCGCUAAAAUUCAUGACAAUAUCUUAAAAUGGAAUUUAUUUAACAGAUUUAGGCAUAUCGUCGCGAACGUAAUAACGAUUUCUCGAUCUUCCUCGCGCGCACUCCACUGGCAAGCGCCAGGACAUAAUCAAGGACCUCGUCUAGGUCGCGAUCCAAUACUAGUUUUAGGCACUCGCAUGCGAAUCGUUAGAUCUGUGGCGGCACUUACUUAGACCUAUGGCAUACAUGUAAUGUACUUUGAUUAGACUUCCCCAGACUCUGUAGCUCAACGUGCAAUUUCCCCUUCUGCAUUUCACUGCUGUUACUCUGAAGCAUUUUCCCCCGGACUUGUAAACUCCAUUGUGCCAUAUUCAGUGGCCCAGCGCAUUUCGUUAAGCAUCUUAGCAUUAGUCGGUGGGUGGCCCAUAUCGAAAGCGGAACGGAGGUUAGGAUAGGAAUGAGACACGCACAUAUCUUCGGAUGCACCGAAAGCGGAAGGUCCCUGGACACGAACUCUUCACGCAGGCAUACUUAUGUACAACUCUCGGAUAUUUGACUCAACUUAAUACGUAAUUAAAUCUAUACAUACAUACUAUUAAAACUUGCAUAGUAACUAUGUUUUAAAACCGAAACAA